GCCGCAGGGCGGGGGUAUCUUCGAUAUCUUCAGCGGGUUCCUUGGGCAGCAGCAGCCCAGCGCGGAGCCGCCAGCGGCAGCGGCGCCCGCGCCUGCGCCCGCCCCUACGCCCGCGCCCGCGCCCGCUGCACAGGCGCCGGCUGUUGCCGCGCCGCCGACGGCCGCCGCGCCAGCGGCGCCCGGCACGCCGCCGCAGACGCCUGCCGCAGCCAAGCAGCCGCAGCAGCAGCAGCAGCCACCGCAGCAGCAACCGACGCAGCAGCAUCAAAACCUGGAGCAGGAGCAGCAGCAACAGCAGCAGCAGCAGCAGCAGCAGCAGCAGCAGCAGCAUGGCCAGCCGGCAGCUGCAGGCAGCGGGGCCGCCGCCGGCCCGGCCGCAUCCAGCAAGGCCCCUGUCAAGUCAGAGGCGCGGUGA